AUGGCCUGUGGCUCAUCGCACUCCCACCUCGUCAACCGAAACGGCCCGGGCAGCGCCGCGUCCUCGACCUUCGAGAGCAUCAUCAAGCCCGCCGAAGCGACAGGCGGCAAGACGAAAUGCAUCGACUGCGGUGACUUCGAGUGCUGCUGCAUCCCCAUUCCCUGCACGGUGAUUCUAAGAGAUAUGUGUUCGCGCCACUCGUCCAAGGCCUAG